AUGGAAAACAAUCUUGAAGUGAAAAUCCCAGAAAUUGUACUGAACUCAGGCCACAAAAUGCCGGUGAUAGGGUUCGGAUGUGCUGUUAUACCUCCUCCACCAUUAGAGGAACUGGUAACCAUUUUCAUUCAAGCAAUGGAGAAUGGUUAUAGGCAAUUUGACACAGCAUCUGCCUAUGGAACAGAGGAAGCUGUUGGUAAAGCUGUGGCUAAAGCUCUUGAAAUUGGUUUGAUUGAAAGUAGGGAUGAAUUGUUCAUCACUUCUAAACUCUGGCCUUGUGACGCUCAUUAUGAACUUGUUCUUCCUGCCAUCAAAGCCACUCUAAGUAAACUAGGGCUAGAGUACUUGGACCUUUACUUGAUUCACUGGCCAGUGAGGUUGAAGCAAAAUGCCAAUAUAAAACAUCUUGUGGAAGGAGACGUUCUGCCAUUUGACAUCCAAGGGACUUGGAAAGCCAUGGAAGAAUGCUGCGAGUUGGGAUUGACAAAAUCCGUAGGUUUGAGUAACUUCACUUGUGAAAAAAUCUCAAAACUCCUACAAAAUGCCACUAUCCCACCUGCAAUUAAUCAGGUGGAGAUGAACGUUUGUUGGCAACAAAGAAAAUUGCUGCCAUUUUGCAAAGAGAAAGGAAUUCGGGUAUGUGCAUGGUCUCCCCUCGGAGCUUAUGGUAACUAUUGGGGCAAUAAUGAAGUACUGGAGAACCAAGUGCUCCAAGAUAUUGCAGCUGCGAAAAGAAAGACUGUUCCUCAGGUCGCGCUGAGAUGGAUAUAUGAACAAGGUGCAAGUAUCGUUGUGAAGAGUUCCAACAGCGAGAGAAUGAAGCAAAAUAUGCAGAUAUUUGGCUGGGAAUUGGCAGAGGAAGAGAAGCAGAAAAUUUUUCAGAUUCCUCAGCGGAGAACAUUUAGGGCAGAUCGGUAUGUCCAGCCAAAUGGCCCAAUCAAAUCUGCGGAAGAAUUUUGGGAUGGAGACUUGUGA